AACUCAGUUAAAUGUGUGCAGAAAUAAUUCAUAAGCCGGACAAACAGAAAAUCCGUGACACUACUGGGAAAAGCAAAAACACCCACCAGCCUUUUCUAUUCUCCAGCAGGCUAUACGAAGCAAUGGCUGUGCGCAACGCAGGCAGUCAUCCUGUAAAUAUUUCCGAGCAGAAAAACAUAACAGCGGAGCGAACAGUCAAUUGUUUUCCCUGCUUAUCUCUCUGGGACAGUAUCCUGCUGCUUUUUUGAAGGCAGGGCUUUUUCGGUGACACACAGCUUCCUUCUUCUCAAACCUUCUCAACAGUGGUGGUGACUUCACUUCCCAAAUUUAGAGGGGAAAGAAAAAAAAAGUCAAUCCGGUAAAAGUGUCUCUUUCUCUCUCCACGCCACAUACAUACCGGGGGCUGGAAUUAAUUGAGGAGCGUGUCAUGUUUGGGAUAUUGUCCGGGUCCGCUGAAAAGUGCGCAAAAUGGACGGAACUAUUAAGGAGGCGCUAUCAGUGGUGAGUGAAGACCAGUCCCUAUUUGAGCCUCCAUACGCUGCUGCUGCCCCUCUCCCCAAGACAGACAUGACUGCAUCUGGCACACAGGACUACGGCCAGACCCACAAAAUCAACCCCUUACCGCCACAGCAGGAGUGGAUCAACCAGCCAGGGCGGGUCAACGUCAAGAGAGAAUAUGAGCACAUGAAUGGAUCCAGGGAGUCUCCAGUGGACUGCAGUGUGGGUAAAUGCAAUAAGCUUGUGGGGGGUGGCGACGCAUCUCAGAUGAACUAUGGAAACUACAUGGAUGAGAAGAAUGCCCCUCCCCCCAACAUGACCACCAAUGAGCGGAGAGUCAUUGUACCUGCAGACCCCUCGUUGUGGUCUCAGGACCAUGUGCGCCAGUGGCUAGAGUGGGCCAUCAAGGAGUACGGCCUGGUAGAGAUCGACACGGCCAUGUUUCAGAACACAGACGGCAAAGAGCUCUGCAAGAUGGGCAAGGACGACUUCCUCCGGCUCACCACCAUGUACAACGCCGAAGUGCUUCUCUCUCAUCUCAAUUACCUCAGGGAAAGUAGCUCAUCAUUAUCCUACAACACGCCAUCUCACACAGACCCAUCCCCACGUCUGGCUGCCAAAGAAGACCCUUCGUAUGAUGCUGUACGGCGGACAGGAUGGUCAAACAACAUGCACAGUGGCAAAGGUUCACCGGUGGUUACUCAGAAUGUGACCAAGUCCACUGAGCAGCCAAGACCUCAGCCAGAUCCGUACCAGAUUCUGGGUCCCACCAGUAGUCGCCUAGCCAAUCCAGGUUCAGGUCAGAUCCAACUGUGGCAGUUCCUCCUGGAGCUCCUGUCUGACAGCGCCAACGCCGGCUGCAUCACCUGGGAGGGCACCAACGGCGAGUUCAAGAUGACGGACCCGGAUGAGGUGGCGCGGCGCUGGGGCGAGCGCAAGAGCAAGCCUAACAUGAACUACGACAAGCUGAGCCGCGCGCUGCGCUACUACUAUGACAAAAAUAUCAUGACCAAGGUGCACGGCAAGCGCUACGCCUACAAGUUCGACUUCCAUGGCAUCGCUCAGGCGCUGCAGCCGCACCCCACCGAGUCCUCCAUGUAUAAGUACCCCUCGGACCUAGCCUAUGUGCCUUCCUACCACGCCCACCAGCAGAAGGUCAACUUUGUAUCCCCACACCCUCCUUCCAUGCCCGUCACCUCCUCCAAUUUCUUUGGACCCACCGCUCCGUACUGGAGCUCGCCCACUGCGGGCAUCUACCCCAACCCAAACGUUCCCCGCCACCCUAACACCCAUGUGCCGUCGCACCUGGGUAGUUACUAUUAAACAACCCACUCUGAUCAUCCCCCGUCCUCUAAAAUCUCCCAUUUCCCACAACAAAGUCCACAAAAAGCUGACCUGCACUCCCAAUGACGCCUAACCGAUAAAGACUGAGUUGAUAGAGGUAUUUGUCCUCUGAAGAAAUUUUGCUCCUAAAUGAAGGAUGAUAAAAUUGAAGGAGAUUUUUUUAUUUUUUAUUUGUAAGAAUCUAUAAACAACUGGAUGCUAUGGUCCAAAAUGGAAUACUACUUACCUUUACCAGACUAGCAACUGUUUGUUUAUGCUUUUUGGACGUGAGUCUGAGUUUCCUGUGCCUUUCUCUUUCCCAUCCUCCAGAAAGCUUCACCUACAGGUGUCCUUUCCAAAUCCUCCCCAAACCAAAGCAGGGCAGGAGAACAAGUCGAGUCUGUCUUCCUCCUCGCCACGCUACUGUACCAGACAUGGGCCUAUUAUUUAUGGGUCUCAAUCUACAUCCUCCUCAGUACAUCAUGUACAUUACGCUUUAAGCAUCUGCCUUUCCUGCUUGUCUACAGCCUUGUUGGGGUUUCUUAUUCCCACCACAUCUAGCCUUCUGUUUCCACUGUCUCCCUCUGCUCGUCUGUCCAUCUGCAUCUGUUUAUGUGUGUGUGGAGAGUCUUCUGGAAUUCGCUGGACAAGGAGGAGCUCUCAGAGAGAUGGACUUUUCUCAGCACUGAAUGAAAUUUGGCAACUGGAAUAUGCCAUUCACAAUUUUAUUUAUCCUCCAAACUGGAAGGCUAGAGAAGAGUUAAAUGCCGAAGAAGGAAGCGCUGUAUGUUUUGCUGACCUGGGUCAACACAGUCACAUAAAAAGGCUUUCUGUGAGUUGUGUAUGGAGUUCAAGAUGGGCGUCGUGUACAGUUGACUCGACCGUGCUGGGGGAAGCUGAGUCAAGAUGUAAUUGAAGUAAUUUGCAACAAUAAUUCAACCCAGGUCAGAUGUUUUCAGGGGGCCACACACUAGGCUAUUAAAUGUUUGCCAUGUUGUUGCCUUUCAGCCAUGCCAUUUCCAGAUGUUUUGUUGCUCGACCAUGUCAGUAUUAAUGUGAAUGUCUUCUGGUUUGUGAAACACACGUAAAAAGGAUACCCUGCGGCAAAAUCAAAAUUUGUCAGAUGUUUUUUAUUUUGUUUAAUGAAAAAAUGACGUCAUUUUUAACACCAUGUUUGCUGCACACGUCUGAAUCUAAAACAUGAAAGUGCCUUUUUUUUGCAAAUGUGAUUAUGUAGAUGUUAUCUACACAAUAAGACGUGUAUGUUUGGAUGUUUUUUGUCCAAAGUGCCUGACAGUGUAUCCAGUUUUAGUACAUGGCAUAAUGAGAAACAGUGCCUUAACUGCUGAUUUAUACCAUGUAUUUUCUAUUCAUUAUAGACAAAACAGCAUUAAAUCUUAAAAUGCAUAAUAAGAUAUGUAAUCAUCAUCUCCAUGUCUCACCAGAAAUCUGACAAUUUUUGAUUUUGAAGUGCACUCUGUCAAUACUGGCUGCCACAGCGUCUCCUUCCUCUUUGUAGGCCAGUCAGGACCGUACAGGUCAGCACAGAGAGGCGGCUCAGCAGUAAGUCAUGUUAAUAGACAUUUUACCAGGGCUGGAUCCUAGUUUGAGAGCAGCAUGUGUGUUUGAAUGUUAGUUUCUCACUGAUCUAAAGCCCAGCUAAAUGCACAUGAAUCUCAAGUCAGAAUUUCAUCAUCAUAUCAAAACAUAUCCAUCUUCAGGUGUUCAAAGCUGUUAAUAGCAAACGUAUUCCUUUAGAGUAACUGAAAAAUGGACACUUGAAAAUAAAUUACUUGGGACUAAGUAGUUUAUCAGAGAACAAAACCAAUAAAGUAUGACGAGAUGAAACAAAGAAAUCCUCAGAUUCGCAAACGCUGUGCGUUUGUCAGACCUAUUUUUUAUUAUUUUAUAAGCAUCAGUCAACUAGGCAUUAAAGCAACUUACUGUAUAAAUUAUGCAGAGUUAUUUUCAUAUGUGACACAGUAUAAAAAGUCAAGAGAAUUAAUACGAGUUGACCUCGGUCAAAAAUGCAAACCUUUUAAGUCCAUUUCUGCUAAGUAGUUUGUUCAGCAUUUUAAGCGUUUUUAUAUCUGUACAUUUGGGCAAUACAUUUUAACAUUUUUUGUUUUCUUGUUAUUGUUAUUAUUUCUGAGAUUCGGUUGUAACAUCCAAGUGUCUUUAUGUGCACGAGAUAUUUUUCUUAUAUUCCCAAAACCACAAAUGCCUGCUUGAAUCAUAACCCAACAGCCAGGGAUUCCUUCACUCUAUAUGCAACAUGUGAUUAUGAUGGAUCGUUUCCAUUGUGAAUCACUUUUUAUGCCAAAUAGCCCUGGAAUUGAUAGCUUUUCCUGUGCAUUAAAGAAUUUCAGGUAUGUUAUGCAAAACAAUACAAACAGUAUCCACAACCAGCUUUUCCUGAAAGUUCAUAGCUUUAAAACAACAAAUAAAAAGGGAACUUGUAAUUUGUAGCAUAAAGAAAUGAUUCUAAUGUACCCUGAACUUCCAUGUUUCACAAGCAUUAUCAAUGAAAAGGGAUCUGUGCUACUUCGUAUAUGCAAUGUAUUUUGGAUAUCAAAUAUAUAUAUAAAUAUAUGUGUAUAAUUUUACAAUUAACCAAUGUAUUAUUAAUAUUGUCAUUCCUGCAAUGUAUGAAGUAAUACCUUUUGAAAAAGGGCUUUUGUAUAGGAAAAUGUGACAAAAUAAAUGUUUUUACCUCUCAA